UAUUACUUUCUGUUUCUGUUUAUUUUAACGUUUAUUACGCAUCAUGACGUUACCUAUAGUGUGACUAUAAUCUUAUCUACACUGUAUGUAUUGUUUCUUUAAAGGUUAGAGCUUAUUUACUUGAGGUUAAUUUGUUGUAGUACUAGAAAAAUAAUUAUAGUAUAUAUUUUCUGCAAUUGAUAUUAUCGUAUCACGUUGGUUUAGCCGGCCCCUGUUGUCAGAAUUCAGCACCGUGGAUAGAGGCACUGUCUCCGUCUUCUUGAGCUUCAAUUUGAGAACGCUUUUUAUUUGUUUUUGCUUUUUAUUUUUCCUAAUUUACUUUUACAAGCACACAUUUGGAUUUUACAGAUGUUUCAUUACAGUAAUAUAUUGUAGUACCAUUUUAGAUAUUUUUAUUUCUAAUGCAUUUUUUCCGCUAAAGCCUUUUUAAAUGUAUAUGACACAGUAAAGAAUAAUAAGAACGUGUAGACCUUUUUAAUCAGGAAUGAGUUGUAGUUCAUAUUUGUGAACUCUUAGGGCCGCUGUUGGCCAGCGUGUUGAUGUUCAGGCGCAGAUUCAGAGAAACCGCCACCCAUUUUAGUGUUAUCAAUGAGAAGACGAAGGAAUAGCUUUUAACCGUCGGAUUACACAGAAACAACACGGAGCGGUGGUCCACUUUUUGAGAUUACCAACGAACGUUAACACGGAGCCUCGUUGUGGACUAUUAAUAUCCAGCUAUUGUGGAUUUUCUUCAUUCGCUCUGUGAUUUACAUGCUGGUGGAGAUUGUCGGGCAGAACAAUGAGACGGCAAGUGCUGUUGUUUUUCUUCGUCCUUGAUUUCACGUCAGUGCUCGGCCACGUCAGCUAUACCAUUCCCGAGGAAAUGCCGACUGGUUCUUUGGUAGGCAAUAUAGUUCAGGAUUUGGGUUUAAAUGUGAAACGGCUGAAAUCAGGUAAAGCUCGCGUUUACACUGGAGACGGCGCAGGCUACAUCGAGCUGAACAAGGACCGGGGGCUUCUCCUUGUCAAGGAAAGAAUAGACAGAGAAGCGAUUUGCAGACAAACAACGCCCUGUGCUUUACACUUUCAGCUCAUUUUGGAGAACCCAAUGGAGCUUUACAGCAUCACAGUUCAAAUUGAAGAUGUUAAUGAUAAUCCUCCAACCUUUGAAAAAAACGAGGUUAGAUUUAACAUCAGCGAAUCUGCAGUGGCUGGUGCGAAAUUUGUGUUAGACAGAGCAAUAGAUCUUGAUGUCGACAGAAACGGCCUUCAGAAAUACGCGCUAACUCCGACUGAUAAUUUCAUACUAAAAAGCGAAAAUCAGGCUGAUGGAACGGAGAAGGCUGAGAUGAUUUUGCAGAAGCCCCUCGACAGAGAAAACGAAGAGACGGUGUCGUUGGUUUUAACUGCUUUUGAUGGAGGAGACCCGCAGAUGACAGGCAACAUGAAGAUUUUCAUCACGGUGUUAGACGCCAAUGAUAAUGCUCCAGUGUUUUCCCAGUCCACCUACAGAGCCACUGUUUUUGAGAAUGCCCCAGAGCAGACGAUUGUCACCAGCGUCACUGCUUCAGAUUCAGAUUAUGGAGCAAAUGGUAGAAUAAAAUACUCAAUCACAAACAGUUUGGAUCAAGCUCAUGAAUUAUUUCGAAUACAAGAAGACACUGCUGAAAUUAGGUUAAUUGGUCAUGUUGACUAUGAAAAAGCUCGUAAUUACCACAUUAACAUCCGGGCGAGUGAUGAGGGUGGACUCACAGAUUCUUGUAAAGUAAUAGUAGAAGUGAUCGAUGUCAACGACAACAAACCCACGAUUAACAUUAUGUCAAAAUCAGGUUCGAUAUCUGAAUUAUCUGAGCCGAAAACUGUGGUUGCAAUGAUAAACGUCCAAGAUCCUGAUUCGAAUGAAAACGGUAGAGUUCAAUGUUUUAUAAACGAUAACACGCCAUUAGUGAUGAUGUCGACAUCAAAUAAUUUCUAUAGUUUAGUAACGGAAGGUGAGUUAGACAGAGAGAGAGCC